AUGUUUUUUUCUGAGAGUGAAGAUGAAGAGAUACAGACUUUACCUUACCAGUUUGAGCCAAUUAUGCGGCUUGAUGAAGGAAAUUCCAAUAAUCAAGCCGAUGUGAGUCGGAAAGAUCGGGCAACACAAACUGGUAUGAAAUUGUUUGAAUGUGAGAACUGUAGAGCAAUGUAUACAGACAGAGAAUCUAUCUGUUGUAAUGAGAUUGACAGUGUGAAACUAAAGAUAGAGCAGUUUAAGGAAGAAACGGCAACAGAACUUUCCUGUAUAACCCGGCAUCCUGGUUUCCAGUCUGUUUGUCUCGACAGGUAUGUCUUGGAGACUGCCUACUACCAGUACAGACAACAAUAUGGCGAGGUUGAGCAUACAAACAAUGAGUAA